AUUCACGCCUGAUCUGCGAGCAUCUUUACAUCAUUCUCGCGUUAAUCAGCGCCAUCGAACAGAAAUAAAGGCGCCGAGCGCAGUGAGAAUUUCUGCACGUCUAGAUCCUCUGUAGCAUUACGAUUCGGGCUGGAUGUGAGAUGUGCAGGAAACAGAGAAAUCCAGUGGGAUUGUUUACACCACGGUGAGGCCGUCUGGAAGCUGACAAUGCGCUCUUUAUGUAGUUCUAAACGCGAUCAUUAGAUGUGAUAUCUAGUGUCUAGUCUCGUCUAGUCCUGUUUAUUGUCGAGCGGAUUUAUAUUUGGGGUUUAAAGCCCAUGCUGUAGCCAUAGUAAUGAGCAUCCUGGACCGAGCCUGGAUGUGCGCACUCUGCUGGAAAUGAAAACCUUUUAAUCCAAUUUAGAUUUCCAGACUCAUUUUAAACAGAUUUGCCAGAUAUUCGUUUUAGAAUUGUGGAUCAUCACAGCAAGUGUGAAGAGGAUGAUGUGAUGCGACUUCCCUUGAUCUGUAGAUCCGGCCUGUUAUUUAAAUCCUGUCUGCUUUAAAUAAAAGAAAACACUCAGGUUUAGGUGCUUCCACCAUGCCAAGCUCUCAUCCUGGCACUGGAUCUCUGGACUACUGGGUCAACGGCUCACGUCGAGAUGUCUCCGUGGAGGAGUUCUACACCGUUGGCCCAGAACUAGGGAGAGGGGCCACCUCAGUUGUGUAUCGCUGCAAGGAGAAGCAAGCAGAGAAGCCCUACGCUGCCAAGGUUCUGAAGAAAACUAUCGACAAGAAAAUCGUUAGGACGGAAAUUGGAGUCCUGCUGCGUCUUUCCCAUCCAAACAUUAUCCGUCUGAAAGAGAUUUUUGAAACGGAAACAGAGAUUUCACUUAUCCUAGAGCUGGUCACUGGUGGAGAACUCUUUGACAGAAUUGUUGAAAGAGGCUACUACAGUGAGCGAGAUGCUGCUCAUGUGAUCAAACAGAUCCUGGAGGCAGUGGCAUACCUGCAUGAAAAUGGGGUGGUUCAUAGAGACCUCAAACCAGAGAACCUCCUGUAUGCUGAUCUGUCAAUAGAUGCCCCUCUCAAGAUAGCUGAUUUUGGUCUGUCCAAGAUAAUAGAUGAGCAAGUGACAAUGAAGACUGUGUGUGGCACUCCUGGUUACUGUGCUCCUGAAAUCCUCAGAGGCAACGCUUAUGGCCCAGAGGUAGACAUGUGGUCUGUGGGAGUUAUCCUGUACAUACUACUGUGUGGGUUCGAACCAUUUUUCGAUCCAAGAGGAGACCAGUACAUGUACAGCAGAAUCCUCAACUGUGACUAUGAGUUUGUCUCCCCCUGGUGGGAUGAGGUUUCUCUAAAUGCGAAAGAUCUGGUGAGUAAGCUCAUUGUGCUGGACCCUCAUAAACGUCUAAGCGUGCAGCAAGCGCUAGAGCACCCAUGGGUACUUGGCAAAGCAGCCCGUUUCUCCCACAUGGACACUACACAGAGGAAGCUGCAAGAGUUCAAUGCUCGACGCAAACUUAAGGCUGCCAUGAAAGCCGUAGUUGCCACAAGCCGUAUGCACGAGGGCUCGAGACGCCGUACUGACAGCUGCGAGAUCCCAGGCUCUGACAAGAACUCACGGCAAUGCAGCAUAACAAAAUAUUCCCAAAUGGACACCCAAAGUGAGUCCGUCCCUGCUGAGGAAGGUAUAGACAAGGCGGAGGAGAAGGAGGAAUCGCAUGUCCCAAGUCCUCCCAUCAACAACCCACCAAGUCCCAAAUCGUCAGCUCUACCCACCAGGCCACCGCUGAAGUCUGAGGGGUUAAGACAGACCACCGUCAUGUCCAUGGCUCCCGUGGUUCGGCCAAGGGUGCCGAAGAAGAGCUGCUCUGUGGAUCCUGGGAUUAAACAUGAUCCAUUGCCUGUGCUUGCCAGUCCACCCAGCCCUACGAGCAUCAGCAAUGGCUUUGUAGAGACUGGAAACAGCACAACAGAGUGUCAGUGAGGUCAGGCGAUGGAAUCCAAAGGAAUCAAGGGUCAUCCCGUACAAACUGGCAUGCCAUAGUACUAGAGCAGUCCUUAAAAUAAUUCAAGUCCAACACUACUUAAUAUUUGAAAUAAUCUUUUGAAAUGAUCUUUAGUU